GAAAAAGAAAACACAAACGUCAAAGAAGAAAAAAAAAUUAAUAUACAAAUAAGCAAAUAAAUAUUUUAAUAAUAAAUAAAUACAAAAUUUUGCAAAUAUUCUACUGCCUCCUCCUCAUCAUCUUAGAAUUGAGCAGCAGUUUUUAACAUUAGAAUUUUGUGUUUAAAAAUUUAUUUAAGCGGAAAUAAAAAUAUUUGAUAAUAAACUAAACUAAAUAGAUUAAAAAGCGCAGACGUUCGGUCAGUUGGACGCUGCUGAAAUUCACAAGAAAAAAAUGCAUAAAAAAUUGAAUAAUGUCAAUGAUAAUAGUAAAACUGCAACAGUUCAUCAUAAUGAACAAAAUAAUAAUGAUGUUGAUGAGUGCAAGGAAAUGGAUGAUAAAAUUGAAAUGUUAAAAGAGAAUGUAACGUUAAUGUAUGGAGAUUAUAAUUUUACCGAAAGUGGUGAUGGCGUCGGUUAUCGUUCACCCUGUGUUAGUCUACAACCUUAUCAAGGUUCCACUUCGCCCGCUGCCCAGGGUCGUUCCGUACGCGAAUUCGAAGAACAAAUGGCAACUUUGCGUAAAGAAAAUUUCAAUUUGAAAUUGCGUCUCUAUUUCAUCGAAGAAAGUAUACCCGGCUAUAAACAAGCCAAUAAUACCACUUCGGAAGAUACGCUCAUGAAACAAUUGAUCGAUACUAAAGUGGAAAUGGAAAUACUACGCAAAGAGGUACAAGAAAAACAAGAUCUACUCAAAGAGGCCGCCCAGGGUAUGAUACAAAUGGAGAAAAUUCUUAAAGAAUCUGAAAUAAAAUAUCAACAUGUUGUCGAGGAACUAAAUCAGAAAAUACAAUAUUUAGAAAUGGAAAGAGAAAUGGAAAAAUCACGUAUUAAUACACCGGCCGCAGCGGGAGGAUCACAGGAAUUCAAUGAGUUAAUGGAAAGAUCGGAUUUAGCGGAAAAUCUAAAUGCUUUGCAAAAAUUACACGAACUGGAGGGUUUGCUUAAACAAUCCGAUGAUAAACUUGUGGAUUUUCAACAACAAAUCUAUAGUCUGGAAGAACUAUUAGUGAAACGUGAUGAAACCAUUAAGGAAUAUGAGGAAAAAGUCAAAGAACUUGUCUUCCAAAAUAAUGAACUUUUAGAAACCAUCGAUACCAAGGAUGCGGAAAUUGCUAAUAAUGAGCGUUUUUUAAGAGGCUUACGCUCUAAGAAUGCAGAUCUUAAAGCUGAUAAUGAAAAACUUAUGGUCGCCUUUAAACAUACUCAAGACAAUUUCUCUAAAGAAAUGUCCAACAUACAAACGUACGAACGUCAAAUGCGUGAUCAACAAGACGUUUUAUCGAGAAUGCAAGCUCAACAACUACGCGAAGAAUUACAAAAACAUAAAAUGGAUGCUGCUGAUAAAAGUUGCAUGAUCCAAGAUCUAGAAGAGAAACUUAAAAAUCGUGAUCAACUUUAUGAAAAGGCACGUUUAACCAUACAGAAAUUAAUGCUGAGCAUUAAAAAUCAACAAGUGGAAAAUAGUCGCUUAAAGAAUAGUACACAGGCUUCGAAUGUCUCAAAUAAUGAAAAGGAGCAUCAGACCACAGUUGGUAUUAGUGGCUUGGAGUGUACCGGCUUUUGUCGUUCCUUUAGCGAUACAGAGGCUUUAAAUGAUUUGACAUCAUUACAAAAACAAAAAUACGACAAUAUAAUCGAACAGCAAGAGGUCACUAUUAAAAAUCUCAAAGUUGAAGUGAAAAAGAAAACUGCCGAUUUGCAGAAUCUUGUUAACAAAGAACUUUGGGAGAAAAAUCGUGAAAUUGAGCGUCUCAAUAAAAUCCUCAAUAAAACCACAACAUCUCCUAUGUCGCCUCAAACGCACAAUGUUAGUCAUGGAGAGGUGAAUGGAGAGUUACAACAGUCUUUCUCGGAUGUGGAAUAUACCAAGGCAUUACAACGCAAUAAGCUAUUGCAGCGUAAAGUGGAUAUUUUAAUACAACGUUUGGGUACUGAAAGACAAAAUGAUGCCUUGAUAGCUCAACUGCAAACUGAGCUAAAGCAGGCCCGUUUGGAUGCAGAGACUGCGGAAAAAUGGCGUCGUCAAUGUGCUGAUUUGUGUCAAACUUUAUCUACCCGCCUAGAAGAAUUGGCUGGUUUCCUUAAUUCUUUACUCAAACAUAAAGAUGUUUUGGGUGUUUUGGCGGUAGAGAAACGUAAGGCUAUGCGUAGAGCCGUGGAUCGUAGUUUGGACUUAUCCAAGAGUCUCAAUAUGGCCUUAUCGGUUUCGGGUCUUUCAAUGAUUGAUCAAAGUUUGGCUGAAUUGCAUAAUUUGUCGGAUAUUUUGGGUGACUUGGAUAUAGAUUUGGAAAAUAAAACUUUCAAUUCACACGAAGACAUACACGGCCAGUCUAUCGAAAUACUGAAGGCUGAAAAUAAGGCUCUCAAAAAGGAGUUGGAUAAACGCCGUACAGCAGAUUCAAAGAAGGAGCGGCGUUCAUUGCCUUUGCCCAUGAUGGCGGAAAAUAGGGAAAGUGAAUCCGAAGCCUGGUCCGAGCCUGAUCGUAAGGUGUCCUUGGCGCGCAUAGGAUUAGAAGAUCAUUCAGCCUCCUUGAUGGCUAAAGAGCAGCCUUUAGCGGCACAACAUAAUGAAACCGAUAGUGACUAUAGUGAAUCGAAUAGUCGAUCAUUUAAGGCCCGCAGUCAAGAACGCAUUGCCCAAUUGGAACAACAGCUUCAGCAGAGAGAUCAACGUAUUCUUGAAAUCCAAUGCCAGCUAGUGGAAGCCGAUAAUCGUUUGAAAAAGGAAAAUUUGAAAGUAUUAGAAGCCAAUCAAGAAUUGGAGCAACUAAAGAAACGCAAUGAAGAAUUGCAUAAUGAUCUAAUAGCCAUAGGUUCCCAAGAACCCAGUAAUAUAAACAAUGAAUCCUUGCUGUUAAGGCAAAUCGAUGAAAAAUCACGUUCUCUCGAAAAACUACAAGAAGAACGUGAACGUCUUACGGUGGAGUCUAGAUUAGCAGAAAUACAAAUUAAUUCCCUUAAGGCCGAUAUGGAAAUUGUCAAACAAACGUAUGAAGAAGCUCUGCAGCAAGCAGCCGAAAGAGAGCAGCAGCAACUGAACGCCCUCAAACAAGAAAUGCAACAACAAUUGCAACAAACUCUAAUGGAGAAACAACAAGAAUAUGAAGAAUGUCUACAAAGAGAUUACAUAGCAAAACAACUCUACGAAGAGUGUUCACAACAACUAAAUGAAUUACAAAAACAAUACAUAGAAGCUCAAAGAACCAUCGAUUGUUUGCAGGAAAAUGAGCAGGAACUUAAACAAACCCUGGUAGAAUCUGAGCUAACCUCACGUAAUUUACAAAAACAAAUCGAUGAAAGCACCUUAAGAGCCUCCAAGGCCGCUAUGGAACGUGUAAAAGCUCUAAAUGAUAAAUUACAAUUGGAAAAACGUGUCGAAGAAUUAACCCUGGAAAUAAACAAACAUGAAGAACAACGUUUACAAAUGCAACAACAAAUUGAUCAUUUGGAACAAGAACAGCAAACGCUACUCGAACGCUUGGCCGUUUUGCAAACUAAACAACGUUCGGUUAAGGCAGACGAUCAAAAUUGCCAAUCCGGUUACACUUCCGAAGAAGUACCCCUACCACAUUCCUCUGGUGCUAAUGCACAAAGUCUAGUGGCUCAACAGCGUUUGGGUGAACAACGUAUACAGAAUUCAUCACCCGAUUUGGGUAUAGAAAGUGAUGCGGGACGUGUUAGUAGUGUUGAAUUGAAUAGUGUACAACGUCCUCAAUUGAAGACAGUGGAAAUGAGUCCGUCCUCGAAACAACUUAGUAGUACAGAAUCGGAUGAGAAAGAAGGUCUUCAUGACAGCAGUACCGAGAAUAUUAAACCAUCCAAUAAUAAUAAUAAUGCCGAUGCCAACAAUGGACAAAUGUCAAUACAGCAGCUUGCGAAGAAACAUGAUUGUCUUAAGGUAGAACAAGAAAACGCUGAAUUGCGUCGCAAAUUAUUACGCACGAAACGUGCCUUUGAAGACACAUAUGAAAAACUACGCAAUGCUAAUCAACGCAAGGCACAAAUCGAAAAAGACAUUAAAAAUCAAAUACUCAAAACACAUAAUGUUCUUAAGAACGUACGUUCCAAUAUGGAAAAUGAAUUGUAACGUACGUUUUAAUAAUCAUAAUCAUUGUUAUCAUUGGCACUUUAACACAAUUGAUUUCAUUUCAUAACAUACACUAUAUACUGGAGUUUUUGCACCCGUUACACUUUAAAGACACUUUUGUUUAACAAAAUUUAUAUGAAUUUUCCAUUUAUAAGUUUUCUUGAGCAUUUUUUUUUUUAUUUGUUUUAUUAAAAAUAAUUUUUUAUUAUUAAUUUAGUUAAUAAGUAUUUACGAUUUAAGUCUGAAUUUAGAAAACGAAACACGAUCUAAAGGUGCUAAAGGUUAAUUAACCAUAGAGGACCGACCUUUUUUUAUAAAGCAUCAUUUUAACAAAAAAGCAACAUUUUAACUAAAACCUGAAAUAAUCUGUUCAAAACUUUUAACUAAAACUCUUAAACUAAACUUCUUUUCUUUGGAAAAAAGCCAUAUUUUAACUUUACUAAUUAUAACUUUAUAUUUCCCUUUAACUACUUAAUUAAUUAAUUUAAUAAACUUAUUAAAUAAUUGUUGUAUUGUCAAAUUAUUUAUAAUUUUAAUGUUUUCUUUCUUUAAAAUAAUAUUAAUAUUUUAACGAUUUUAACCUACAAAACAACUAAACCAUUCAUAUUGAAUGCAAAUAUAUAAUUCUAAUUUUUAUGAAAAAAAAAAACACUUUUUCUAAAUAAAUUAUAAUUUUUUUCUAAUUUAAUUAUUUUACUCAAAAUGUUUUAUUUUUUUUAAUUAAUUUAUUCUUUUUUUAUUAUGCCUGCUGCAAUUUUAAAAAAUUUUCUUUAGCCUGCCUCCUGCUUUCAAGAAGAUAUUGAAGUUAUGCUGUAAAAAUAUAAAGAUUUCUCAAAUGUUUGGCUUUCGUUAAUAAAAAUUUCUUUGCAAAUCCUCUUUUCCACAAACGAUUUAUUAUAAAAAUUAACGAUUUAACGAACGAACUUUAACUUACUCCCCCCCCC